AAGAAGCAUCGUUUUCUAGAAAAUUCAACUUUUGGUAUAUCCUAAUUUUUCGGUAUAAAUCGUCAACCUCACUAGUCUCUCUCAGCACUAUCUCUCUCUCUGUAAAGUCUAAAAACCUUCCUGCUUUCAAGUCUCGCCCAUAUUUGGUAUUACCAAAAUGCAAUCUGUCUCACACUUGCUCAUUUUUAAUAGGUUAAAAGGUAGAGUGAGAAUCAGAAAAGGUUGUUGAUUCCAAAUCAAAUACUUUUCUUCUCCAUGUAAUAAACCCCACACCCAACACCAUUUUUUUUCUCUUUUCUUUUAAGAGGAAAAACGCCAUGCAAAGCUGGUACAGCCAAAGUCUGCCUGUUACAGCUAGCUAGAGUCUAGGACCUUUUUUUGUCUUUUGCUUAUAUCAGCGUUUCGAUUUUGGAUUAGUUUAUUUAUUUAUUUAUUUUGUUUUCACUGAAACCGAUCGGAAAAAGUCAGGGGUUUGAGAAACGAAAAAUAUGAAGAACGAGGAGCAAGCCAGGUCACUCUUUGGGAUUUCACUCUCUGAUCGGCCUAGAUGGCAGCAAUUCCUUAUUUGCUCUUCUGGGUUCUUCUUUGGUUACCUUGUUAAUGGCAUUUGUGAGGAAUAUGUGUAUAAUCGGCUUCAAUUCAGCUAUGGUUGGUAUUUCACCUUUGUGCAAGGAUUUGUCUACUUGAUACUCAUAUACUUACAAGGUUUCACCCCCAAGCAAAUGGUGAACCCUUGGAAGACAUAUGUGAAACUCUCUGCUGUUCUUAUGGGUUCUCAUGGAUUAACAAAGGGGUCCUUGGCCUUUCUUAAUUAUCCAGCACAGAUCAUGUUCAAAUCAACAAAGGUCCUGCCUGUGAUGAUAAUGGGUGCCUUCAUUCCUGGCUUGAGAAGGAAAUAUCCAAUUCAUGAAUACAUCUCCGCUUUGCUUCUAGUAAUUGGUCUGAUCCUUUUCACCUUAGCAGAUGCCCAUACAUCUCCUAAUUUUAGCAUUUUUGGUGUCGUAAUGAUAAUGGGUGCUCUAAUCAUGGAUGCCUUUCUGGGAAAUUUUCAAGAAGCAAUUUUUACCAUGAAUCCUGAUACCACACAGACAGAGAUGCUAUUCUGCUCGACAGUAGUUGGGUUGCCAUUUUUAGUUCCACCAAUGAUUUUAACAGGAGAGCUGUUUAAGGCUUGGAAUUCUUGUUCAGAACACCCGUAUGUAUAUGGGGUGUUAGUGUUUGAAGCCAUGGCCACAUUCAUCGGGCAAGUGUCUGUUUUAUCACUCAUUGCCAUUUUUGGAGCUGCCACCACUGCCAUGAUAACAACUGCUAGAAAGGCAGUCACUCUGUUGCUGUCAUUCUUGAUAUUUACCAAGCCAUUAACUGAACAGCACGGGACGGGGUUGUUGCUCAUAGCAAUGGGAAUCAUCCUGAAGAUGUUGCCUGAAAACAAGCUGCCGGGUGGCAGUGCCGUUGCAAAGCAUAGAAAACUAUCCAUCAAAGCAGACAAUAGCCUGCCAGCAAAUGGAGGUGUAGUGGAGGAAGAGAGAAGGCCUUUAGUUUGAAGAUCAAAGUAGUUGUUCAUUGAUAUCAAAAAAAAAAAAAAAAAAAAAAGGUAGUUGUUCAUUUUUUAAUUAUUUUUUAUUUUUUGCCAUUUUUUUAUUUGGGGGUUCCCUAAUUCACCAGAGGUGGACAGAAAGCACAAGAAAAAAGAGAGAGGAGAGAGUGAGAUAUAGAAAACUAUGAUGAAAAUUCAACUAGGGAGGAAUGAGAUGUAAUUUUAAGCUUUAUAGAAAAUGAAUUAACAGGUGGGAAUUUGGUGAAUUUUGUUCCUAAAUAGCAAGAAGGAAAAAUCUUUAAAAUAA